CCGGAAGGAAGGCGGCGGGCUAAGAGACAGGCAGACGGAGCGGGCAAGAGAGUCGGCGGGCGCCAUUUUGCGCAGCGAGAGGCGUCCUCUGGGAGCGGGGCUGGUCUGGCGACCCGUUUCCGAACUGCGGCGCCCAAACCGGCCGGCCGUUUUAUGCCGCCGCCUCGAAGCUGAAGCCGAGAGAGUCGUUGCUUUGUUAGGCUGAGGGGAGAGGAAAGAAGGAGGAGGAGGAGGGGGGUGGGAGAGGGAAGAAAGACCCGGAUGUGAGUGGGGUGGGGGCGCGAGGGAAGAAAGACCCGGAUGUAAGUGGGCAACUCAAGGGCUCAGGGCGAGACUAGGGAAGCUCAGCUGGGGGGUUGGCAUCAGAGGGAGUAGUCACGUGUUUGCUGGACGAUUUUGAGGCAGGGGGUGUCCAGGAAGGGGGGGGGGUCUCUGCCUUCUGCUCCAAAGCGAGGUGCUCGGUAUUGCAAUAUAAGGUCCCAGCUGUAGCAUAGAGGGAAAACAAGUGGUGUGCAAAGACUUAACUGGGUCAGAAAAGCAGGGAGGAAGGCAGGAGCACCUAGCUCCCUUUGGUGAAAUCCCUCUACUUGGAAGGUGUCAAGAAUUCAAACUAGCCUUGUCUGUGCUGUUGAGGAAUCUGGGCCCCAGAGGCCCUUAAAAUCCAAUUUUAAAGCAAAAAAAAGGGGGCAUUCCUACAAGUUGGCACCUGCAGAGAGUGUGAUGUAAGCCAUGCCCUGUUAACGUCCUUUAUUUGAGUUCUGCCUGUGGAAGAGUCGAGAAGGAAGGUCGUGCCGGGGGGGAGAACCCCCCAGCCCCUCUCAAGAGGCACUCCCGCCUUUGGAAAUUCACAGUUUGCUGUUUCAGGAUGGCUACCAAUAUAGGAGACCAGCGUGCUUCAGAAUGGGCUCCCCAGUACAACCUGGGAAACGGGAGCGCCCGAGAGAACGGCAUGGAAGGCCCGAUGCACGAGAACCCCGAAUGGGAGAAAGCGCGCCAAGCUCUGGCCAGCAUCAGCAAGGCCAGCGCUGCUGCUUCCGGCAACAGCAAAAAUGCCACCAGCGGGCCAGUGAACGCGCAGUAUGCAACCCAGCAAGGGGAAUCCCUGCAGCAACAGCAGCAACAGCAGCAGUACUAUCAGUGGUAUCAGUACAGCAGCUACGUCUACCCCUACAAUUACUAUUACCCUAUGAACGUCUACCCCGGAUACAGCUCUCCCGGACAAUAUGGCGUCCCAGGCGCUUACUCCUCAACAGGGCCCCAACAGCCCCCGCCUCCUGGCCAACACCAAGGGAACAUGAACCAGCCUCCUGUCCCUGGCAUGGAAGACGGAGGGAUGCCGUACUCUAACCAGCAGCAGCAAAUUCCGGUCCCUAAUCCACCGCAGUCCCCCAUGCAACAUCCCGGUCACCCCUCACAGCACGGCAAUCACCCGAUGGGCUCUGGGGGGCAGCCACAGGGGGGGCCUUCUGGAGGGCCACACCCCCAGCAGAACCAGUCAAACGCCUCCUACGGCCAGCAGCAGCAUCCUUACCAGGACGGGGGCAAACCCAAGAAAGGCCAGCAGCUUUGGAACCGCAUGAAACAAGCGCCCGGGUCCGGGGGCCUGAAGUUCAACCUCCCCAAACGCCCCUUUGUGAUGACCAGUCAGAACUUCAACUCCUCAGAGCAGCAGCACGGCAACUUCGGCUCCCAGCAGAACUCCGAGAAGCGUCACAAUCACAGUUCUUCCACGGGGAAGUCGGAAGACUGGCCGCAAGACAUGAAGGAGUACGUCCAGCGCUGCUUCUCAGCCUGCGAGUCGGAGGAGGACAAGGACCGCACCGAGAAGCUCCUCAAGGAAGUGCUGCAGGCCAGGCUGCAAGACGGCACCGCCUACACGAUCGACUGGAGCCGCGAGCCGCUUCCAGGCCUGGGCCGGGACAACACGGGCGACAGUCCCAAGAAGAAACCGCAGCGCUGGGAGGUGUCUUCUCUCCACUCGCCACGGGCUUCCGUGCAGUCCGCCCUUUCUCAGCAGCAGCGGGGCGGCAGCGGCAACUCUCAGCCCCCGCGAGGGGGAGGCGGUGGAGGAGCCGGGGCCGGCCGCGCCCGCGGGAACGGCUUCCCCACCAAGUUUGGCAACCGGAACGUCUUCAUGAAGGACCACAGUUCGUCCUCGAGCGUCGACUCGCGCUCCAGGUCGCGGUCUUCGUCGCGGUCGCCCAGCCGCCACUUUCGGAGGAGCGAUUCGGACUCUGACAGCUCCUUCUCGGGCAGUGAGUGUCGACUGGGUGGCCGCCGGAAUACCCAGAGAAACCGGGGCCGUGGAGGCCACAUGGAUAGAGGCCGGAUGAGAGCCCAGCGGGGGAAAAGGCACGACCAGGGCCUCUCGAAGCGCAACCGGAAGCGCAACACCAUGGAUUACGAAGACCCCGAGAAGGAAUUCAAAAAGGAGCGGCGGGCGGCCCGCUUCCAGCACGGGGGCCACUCCAAGAAGCUGCGCCUGGAGCCCCUCAUCUUGCAGAUCAACAGCCUGGACGCCACCGGCUCCGACAGCCUCGACUGGAACGAGCUGAAGAUUGUGGGCACCUCUCAGGAGAUCACCAAGCAUUACCUGCGCCUCACCUGUGCGCCGGACCCCUCGACCGUCCGGCCCGUCUCGGUGCUCAAAAAGUCCUUGUCCAUGGUGAAAUCCCACUGGAAAGAGAAACAGGAUUAUGCCUACGCUUGUGAACAGAUGAAAUCCAUCCGGCAAGACCUCACAGUUCAGGGAAUCCGUACAGAGUUCACUGUGGAGGUGUACGAAACCCACGCCAGGAUAGCGCUGGAGAAGGGUGACCACGAAGAGUUCAACCAGUGCCAGACGCAGCUGAAAUCCCUCUAUGCAGAGAACCUCCCGGGAAACGUUGGGGAAUUCACUGCUUACCGCCUCCUCUACUACAUUUUCACCAAGAACUCAGGGGACAUCACCACGGAGCUAGCAUACUUGACAAAAGAGCUGAAAGCGGACCCUUGCGUGGCGCAUGCGCUCGCCUUGCGGGCGGCCUGGGCGCUGUCCAAUUACCACCGUUUCUUCUGCCUCUACCGCCAGGCCCCCUGCAUGUCUGGCUACCUCAUUGACAAGUUUGCUGAACGAGAGAGGAAAACGGCCCUCAAAGCCAUGAUCAAAACUUUCCGCCCGGUGCUUCUCGUCUCCUACGUUGUGUCAGAGUUGGCCUUCGAGAGCGAGGAAGAGUGCCAGGCCUUCCUCGCGGCUCUGUCUCUCGUGUAUACUAGCCCCGACGCCACCAAGAUUGACUGCAAGCAGAGCUUGGCGGUCCUGGUCAAUUUCUGAAAGUCUAAACCCCCCCACUUCCUUGUCGUACCCCACCCUGUUUGUUUUUUUUAACAUGUACAUAUGUCUGUAUAUAUGACCCCAGAUUAAUUGGGCUGCUGCGGGCCUGCCGGAGCCUCGCUCUGCCACCUUUCCCACUGCCCACUCCAUGCACGGAUAGAAGAGGGUAAGAUCCAUGGACGCCGGAUGGCACCUAGGACCGUCGGAAAACGGAGAAGAGCGGAGAGCCUGGUCUAACAAUUAUGGGGUUUUUUGCCAGCAGUGGGGCAGGGAGGUGUGUGGGGGAUGUUUUGGCAGCGGCAGCUCUUUCACAACUGUCUGUUUUUCUUCCCUUCCUGUUAAGAUGCAUGUGAGAAAUACGGCUGCAAACGCACCAUCCACCAGUCAAGAAAAAGCGGGGGGGGGGGGGGGGGGGGGAGGACGGGGUUGGGGUUGUCAUUAAAUGUUUAGAAGAUGUGCAUUUAAUUGCUGCCUUUUCAUUCAGUGGUGUUUUGCCCGCCCGCCCCCUCCCCGAGGUAUUUAGAAGAGCUAGAGCUGCAGUAGUUUCUCUAAACCACGAGGCAAUAACAACUUCCCAGAGGCAGGAUCCCAAUGAGAUUCCGUUUGCCGCCCUUCUUAGAAAUCAGGGGCACCGUGAGAGCAGAUGGCUCCUUUGUAUAUAUGUAGAAUAUGAUUUUGUACAGAAGCUCCGAGUUGUAAAUAAUGUCUAGGGGGGAAAAACACUGUUUUAAAGAGGAAAUAAACUCCUGCUUUUCUACUUUUUAUAUUUUAUAAUGUGUUUAGCAGAGGGGUUUUCUCUGAAGAUGAAAAAUCCAGGUUGUUCUGUGCGCGCUUUUGUGUUCUACAUUUGUGCUGCUGAAAACAAAACAAACAAAAAAAGAAACUAACACUGUCUCAGUUUUUUCCUCUUCCGAGCUAUGGCCCGGCUCCGAAAGAGCGCACGAGAGAUGCCACCUCUCCAGACGAACAAAACAAAAAAACCCGGCCUGAGGAGGAUGAGCAAAGCCAAACCUGCCUUCGCCCAUUUGCUGCCUGCGCAGAGACUUUUUCCUAUGCAGCGGAGAAUGUAAUAAGACUUUUUUGUCAAUCGCCCCCAGCUGGAAGUGGCACCGCGAAGCUAAAAGAAAUCACAUCAAGGCAGUCCUCGAAGUAGCCGUGGAAUCAAAUCGGCCCCACGCAAGAAGAAUUUCGCAACCUCCGCCUUUCCUAUUGUGUUCCGGAGUUGUUCAUGCUCAGUAUUUUAAGUUAUUUUUUCUUCCUCCCUCUGUCCUCAGUUCUUUACAGGUAAACUUAGACAAAUGCAACCCCACCCCAUUCUCACCAUCGUUCGUCACAUUGGUUCAGUUUUGUUUUUAAACUUUUGGAAGAUUGUCUUAAUUGUCUUCCCCCCCCCCCCUCUAUUUUUCUCUUUCUCCCUUUCUCCCCCUCUCUAGCUUCUCACGACCCUUCCCCCGCUUUUUCUCUUCUCCUUUUGCUCUUAACUCCUUUCUCUUUUUGUUUUUUGAAUAUGUGUAAUUUGGGGGAUAUUUUUUGGCCCGGGCUGGAUUUUUCGAAGAUUGCUUCUUUUUUUUUCCUUUUCAGAAACCUUUUUGAACUUCCUCAUUUGAUUAAAAGCAAAACUUUUUAAAGCA